AGCGGGCACGGGCCCCGGAGGAGUAUCUGCCGCGCGGGCGCCCCCGACCUCCCGAGCCGCCGCCAUGAGACUGCUCGUGCUGGUUGCCCUUCUGGGCGCCGCUGCCGCCUUCGUCGACCGCGACGAGUGGAACAACUACAAGAUCGCGUUCGGCAAGAAGUACCGCAACGCCAUCGAGGAGCUGCACCGCAUGCGGGUGUACGUUGACAACAAGGCGUUCGUGGAGCGGCACAACGCCGAGUUCGCCGCCGGCCGGCAGACGUUCACCGUGGCGCUGAACCGAUUCGCCGACAUGACUGAGGACGAGGUGAACGCGCUCUACAAGGGCGGCGCCGGCCAGACGAGCCGACCCCACGGCGUUCACCGGCCCUCCGGCCGCCAGGCACCGGUCAGCAUGGACUGGCGCGACCAGGGCGUCGUCACCUACGUCAAGGACCAGGGCGCGUGCGGCUCGUGCUGGUCGUUCGCCGCCACCGGCGCGCUGGAGUCGGCCUGGGCGCUGGCCGGCCGCGGCCUGCAGGCUCUCAGCGAGCAGCAGCUGGUCGACUGUUCGACCGAAAACAGCGGGUGUAACGGCGGCAUGGCCUACCGCGCCUACUCGUACGUGGAGGACGAGGGCGGCAUCAUGUCCGAGGAGGCGUACCCGUACACGGCCCGCGACGGCAGCUCGUGCCACGCCGACUCCAGCCAGUACGUGGCCUCCGUCACCAGCCACGUGAAUGUGCCGUCCCAUGGCUCGGCCACCAUCCUGCGCGACGCCGUCGCCGACGUCGGCCCGAUCGCCGUCUCCAUCGACGCGUCGCGUCACUCGUUCAACCUGUACAGCGGCGGCGUGUACAACGACCCGAGCUGCAGCUCUUCCUCGCACAACCACGCCGUGCUGGUGGUCGGCUACGGCACCGAGAACGGACACGACUACUGGCUCGUCAAGAACUCGUGGGGUCCCGAGUGGGGCGACAGCGGCUACAUCAAGAUGACCCGCGACGACACCAACCAGUGCGCCAUCGCCAGCAUCCCCGUCUACCCGGUGGUUUAGUCGGUGACAGGGGCAGAAAAACAUCGGUACUGCAUUACGUAAAAUGAUGCACACAUAGAAAAGCUGAGCAUAAAUACAUUUUUACGCCA